AUGCCUCCUAAAUCGGGCCCAUCUAAGGGCAACCCGCGCGGUGGUGUCACUGAUGAUCCCUUGGUUUGGAUUGACUGUGAGAUGACAGGCCUUAAUCCGGACACGGAAGAAAUCAUUGAAAUCUACUGCAUAUUGACGACGGGCAACAUGGAGCUCAUCGAUGAAGAGGGCUACCACGCCGUCAUCCACUGGCCAGAGUCACGCAUGAACCAGAUGGACGAGUGGUGCACAAAAACACACGCCGGCACGGGACUGACCGCCGCCGUGCUUGCAUCCAAGGUCACCCCAGAGGCUGCCGCGGACGGCCUGUACGACUACAUUACCAAGUUCAUUCCCGAGCGCAAAAAGGCGCUGCUGGCCGGAAAUAGCGUAUACGCAGAUCGCGGGUUCCUGCGCAAGGAGCCCUACACAAAGGUCAUGAAGCAUUUGCACCAUCGCAUUCUCGACGUCAGCGCCAUCAAAGAGGCUGCCAGGCGAUGGUGCACAGAAGACAUUCUCGCCCACGUACCUGUGAAAAAGGCCAAGCACAAGGCGAGAGACGACAUUCUGGAGAGCAUCGAUGAGGCUAAGUACUAUCGCGAUGUGAUUUUCAGGCCGCAGGAGUAA